CGUAGUCAGGUAUUCCAUCAGGAUGGGUGUGAAACGACUUCUCUUGUGUCUGGCAAUUUUUGCUUUUCUGAAAGGAGGCAAUGGUUCCAGAAGUGCUGCUCUGGAUGAGCUGGUCACUUCUGCAAUGUGUUCCUUCCGCAAACACCUUUCUAGAGGAUGGGCAGAGAUAGGAGUUCCACCCUUAGAUCCUGUUGGGAUCCCUUUGCUGGGGUUACCAGAUAACAUCGAUAAAAUAACGACAUAUGGCCAGUACACAGCUAUGAACGCCAAAGGCUUGGCCGAUUUCGCCAUUGAGGAUGUCGAUUCUAACGUGCUUUUCAUGAGGACCGCCAUUAGGCUAAAUGUACCCUCACUUGAAAUUACAGGGAGCCAUGUUACCCUUGGUGAAUCCAGCUCCGAGAUACAAAAUGUGCUUAUUGGUAUUGGUGUCACAUUCACAUUGGCAGAAGAGGAACUCCUCUUGGAAGUUGAUGAGGUGGAUGUUCUAUUUGAUUUUAAGUUUGAUGGUAAAUCUUCAGAGGGAGAACGGCUAGCGGAGGACGAAAUUGUUGAUCUUCUGAAAGUAACUUACCAGGGCUACUUUGAAAAGGCCAUUGCAUAUGAGAUCACAGCAGCAAUUGAGGCAACAGGAGAGGACGAUGACUAUGAAAAUGGAGACUCUAUAGACGAUUUCUUCGAUCGACUCUUUGCUGACAUCAGGCAACUCAUUCUGGAGAACAACCUCGAUCCAAUGCAUCUUCCUCAGGAUAGUGAUAAUUUUACUUUAACCCUAUUCAACACGACGGUGGACGGCAGUGUGACAGUUCACAAAGGAUCCUUAGGCGGGCUCUCAACCCUCCACAGAGCAGGAAAUAUGAGCGCAAGAUUUAUUGGUCUGAAAGCAGAGAUCAUUUGGGAUGGAGAAGUUGGAUUUGAUGACCUUGAGAUUGAUUACUCCUUUGACCUAAACUUCCCUCUCUUCGGGAAAGAGCUCACUUACGCCAUCAAGAUGUCUUACGUUCACCUUAGCUUUGAGACGGACGUUUUUGUAUUGAGGCAGAACAUCACGUUGGCCAGGUGCAACAUCACGGAAUUGGGGCCGAUCCACUACAAGGAAAAAGGAGCUGGUCCUCUCGAUACACCUAUGUACAACCUUCUCGUGAACACCUUCUUGGGAAGCCUCCACCACUACGUCAUGAAGAUCGGAGAAGGGGUCGUGUGCAGCCUGUUGGAGGACGUCCUAUCUCACGUAUAAGGUCGUCCUCACUACCAAUGGUCGUAGCCAGGAAAAGGGUCACUGCUGGAAGAAAAUCAUUCUCCAAGUUAAUUAUGAAAAUCAUUGGGGCGAGGAAUGUAAACUUAUGAAUAACCUUUUUCAUUCCUUCUGCCUUGGAUGCGCCAGUAGGCCUACUGGACACCAUGGGAUUGCUGGCGAAGAUGAAGUCGUAGUUUUCACAUAUUUGAAUAUUACGAACGCUUUCAAAAUAUUUUUUUUCUUGUUAGUGUCAUGGUCUUAUUUGAUCCUUGUCCUGUUAGAACAUUCUAAUAAAUAAGAUACACGAUGAAUUACAUAAGUUUUUCGACAGCAAGCGAAGAUCAAGUCGUAGUCUUCACGACAUUUUGACCUGAAAUAUUUGAUUCUGAUGUUAAGAAUGAUUUCAAAAUAACUUUUUUUUUCUGGGUUGUCUGCCAUGGUUUUAUUUUAUCGUUGCCCUGUUUGAACAUUCUAAUAAAUAAGACACGUGAUGAAUUACAUACGUUUUCAUAUGAAUUAUGGACAAAUGAACAAUGUAAUAAACAAUGCACUCA